AUGCCAAGUCGAGGCUUGUGCAUGUCCCUGUCGCAUUCAUCAGUCCCUGUCGCAUUCAUCAGUCCCUGUCGCAUUCAUCAGUCCCUGUCGCAUUCACCAGGCCGUGUCGCAUUCACCAUGCAGGUAUCCACGCUCCAAAACGAGGCGUUUACAUCAGGGUGCAUUAGCAGUCGACUCAAAAUACACCCCGUUACCUAUCCUGUCGAAGCCAUUUGCAACCUUCAGCCCUCCUUUCCAUCCUCCCUUCCCCCUUCCGUCUCUCUCACUCUUCCCCAUUCCAACCCCCCUUCCGUCUCUCUCACUCUUCCCCAUUCCAACCCCCCUUCCGUCUCUCUCACUCUUCCCCAUUCCAACCCCCCUUCCGUCUCUCUCACUCUUCCCCAUUCCAACCCCCCUUCCGUCUCUCUCACUCUUCCCCAUUCCAACCCCCCUUCCGUCUCUCUCACUCUUCCCCAUUCCAACCCCCCUUCCGUCUCUCUCACUCUUCCCCAUUCCAACCCCCCUUCCGUCUCUCUCACUCUUCCCCAUUCCAACCCCCCUUCCGUCUCUCUCACUCUUCCCCAUUCCAACCCCCCUUCCGUCUCUCUCACUCUUCCCCAUUCCAACCCCCCUUCCGUCUCUCUCACUCUUCCCCAUUCCAACCCCCCUUCCGUCUCUCUCACUCUUCCCCAUUCCAACCCCCCUUCCGUCUCUCUCACUCUUCCCCAUUCCAACCCCCCUUCCGUCUCUCUCACUCUUCCCCAUUCCAACCCCCCUUCCGUCUCUCUCACUCUUCCCCAUUCCAACCCCCCUUCCGUCUCUCUCACUCUUCCCCAUUCCAACCCCCCUUCCGUCUCUCUCACUCUUCCCCAUUCCAACCCCCCUUCCGUCUCUCUCACUCUUCCCCAUUCCAACCCCCCUUCCGUCUCUCUCACUCUUCCCCAUUCCAACCCCCCUUCCGUCUCUCUCACUCUUCCCAAUUCCAACCCCCCUUCCGUCUCUCUCACUCUUCCCCAUUCCAACCCCCCUUCCGUCUCUCUCACUCUUCCCAAUUCCAACCCCCCUUCCGUCUCUCUCACUCUUCCCCAUUCCAACCCCCCUUCCGUCUUUCUCCUCCAUUCGCCCCUUCUCCCCGCCUCCCCAGGUGUCCAAGAGGAGUUGGACAGAGCAAUAGGCGUGGCAGAGAGGGACCCAUCCCGUUUCAACAUAGAGCCGGGCGAGGUGGAGAGCAGACGCAAGUGGACAGGCAGCACGCGGGAUCAGAUCUCCAUGAUCCGAUCUGCCAUCCAGGCAGCGGCAGCGGAGCGGGCGGCAAUGCAGAAGGAGGCGGAGAGGAGGGAGCUGCUGAGAGCGCAGGCAGGCGCUGCAGCCAAGGCUGCUGCUAAGAGCAGCGCUGGCGGGGAGAACGAGAGCUUUGCUGCUUCAGAAGAUGACAGACAAGCACUCAUAAUGAGGGAGCAGGAUGACCAAUUGGACGCCAUGAGUCAGAGCCUGGCACGGAUAGGAGGCAUGGGCAUUGCCAUUCACGAGGAGCUUGGGUCCCAGGAGUCACUAAUAGGGGAGUUGGACGAGGGUAUGGAGAGGACUGGGGGGCGGCUAGGGCUGGUACAGAAAAAGAUGACAGUGGUUCUGAAGAAGGCUGGGCUGAAGGGACAGCUGUGUAUUCUCCUCGCUCUCGUUAUCGCCUUCAUCGUCCUCCUCAUCCUUAUCUUCUACGAUUGA